UGAGUGCAGAAGGGGAGGAUCGCUCAUGGAGAGAUGGUCAACAACGUAACUCCUGCCAAUUUUCUGUUGUUUGUUAUCGUAUCGACAUGAUUUAUACAGAGGCUGUCAUCUGCCUUACCCUGCUCCUGCUGCUUCAUGUUGUCGCUGAGUUCAGGAGUAAUGGACGGCAGAAAUGGCCUGUACCUUACAGGCGGUUUGAUCAUCGACCUGAAGCAGACUCUUACUGUGAGGCUCUCUACCCAUUCUGUCCCACCGGGGAUCCAGAUGGACGGAUUCCCUACAUGAGGGACAGCGAUACCAUCUCAGUUUAUCGACUGCAGACACCAGUAUGGGAGUUCAAGUAUGGAGAUUUGCUGGGGAAAUUGCAUAUCAUGCAUGAUGCCAUUGGCUUCCGCAGUGCAGAAACAGGGACAAACUACACCAUGGAGUGGUAUGAGCUCUUCCAGCUGGGUAACUGCACCUUCCCUCACAUCAGGCCGGAGGUUUAUGCACCUUUCUGGUGCAACCAAGGAGCCGCCUGCUUCUACGAAGGCAUUGAUGACUCACACUGGUCACAAAAUGGCACCUUGGAGAAAAUAGCAGAAAUCACAGGCAAUCAGUUUAAUGACAUGGCCCAGUGGGUGCAGGAUGAUAACGAGACAGGGAUCUUCUAUGAGACCUGGUCAGUCCACUCUGAUCCCGGUCCAAACGCCACUGUGUGGUUUGAAUCCUAUGACUGCUCUCAGUUUGUCCACCGUACGUACAGGAAACUGGCUGAACUGGGAGCCAAAUUGUCCAGCAGAUCACAAACGAACUACACAAAGAUCUACCUGUACAGCGGAGAGCCCACCUACCUGGGCAACGACAGCACCAUAUUCGGACAGCCUGCUCUGAAGAAUCUGGCGGUGGACAUCCGUAAAUUCUACCAUCCAUUCAGACCACAUCAGUCGUUUACUGACUUAGCCAUCAGCUUGUUGGAGGCUUAUGAAAAGAUUGUUUUGGAGAAGCACUUCUAUCUGUACUACAACUUUGAGUACUGGCAUCUGCCAAUGAAGCCUCCUUACAUGAAGAUGACGUUCGAAGAGGUGCCUUUGCCGUAGUGUUCAACGCUAAAAUGCUGCCUAGAGUAAAAGUAAAGUUUUGGGAUGCACAUAUCUGACUUUCAAAUCUGAAACCAGUACAAGCUCUUACUAAAACCAAAGUUUAACUGAUAAGCUUAACUUCUUACUCUGUGGAAGAGACUGGGCUCAUUAUUUUUAUGUUUAAUUAAUUCAAAACAUCGGGUUAAACACUGCUUUACAUACUGCAUAAAAUUAAAGGUACUAGCGGUGCAGUUACCUGGAGUAGCCUUGAAACUUUUUGUUUACUUGUCUGAAAUACCUCUGUAUAACACACAGCUUCUUCUUUAUGGGAAAUGGCCACUCACAUAGACUUAAUAAAUGAAUGAAUAAAAAACAUCAUUUUGCUUUUUUACUUAGAAUCUAUUACUGUUAAACUAUGAGCACUGGAUCAGUGCAUCCCUAAUUUGUUUAUACAGUUUGUUCUGCCUAAUUGAUUGUCUCAAAGCCAAAGAUAUUAACAGUGUAAAUAAAAUAUUGAGAAAAGCAGGAGAUGUUUGG